ACCCAAUAGUCGUAAUUGCUCGGCGUGAGUAUACCAUAAUUAUUGCUACUUGAAAUAUACAAUUGAAGACCGCUGCAAGCCGAGGUUUAAGACGUCAGAGGACUUAAUUUCUGAAAAAAAAAACCUCAGAAGCGAAACUUAAUUAAAGGAAUAAUUGACUUUGCAAUGGCGGGAGAUUUGUCUAACGUUGAUUCGUGUCGUUGUCAUUGUGUUGCAAAGAGACGCAUCCGGUUUCCAAGACUAUCAUGUACUAGUAUUAUAUUAUUUUCAUUAUUAUUUGCUUGCACACAAGCUCAGCAAGUUUACAAAGCGCAGUUAUCAGAGCAUCCAGACGCAGAACAAGAGUCUUCCUAUCCCAUCCCCCCUGGUGCUAUUAAAAAAGAUGCUUCUUAUUUUUGGACCAAAACUCAGGAAGGCAUCAACAGUCGUGCAAAAACGUAUGAUGAAAGCGUAGACCCCAUUACUGAAGGGAUGCAAAACGAACGGAAUGCAAAAGAGCAAGAAUACUAUUAUUAUGGAAAUCAAUACACUGAAUAUUACGACUACAGUAAUAUGCAGGAUACGCCUGUGAAAGCAGCGUACGAGGUCCCUUAUGACGACCAGGAAAUAUCGGACUAUACUGCCGAAGGAAAGAGGCCUUGCCACGGCGGAAAAUCCUGCGCUCACCGAGAAGAGGCCCGUGCGCUUUGGGUCGAUUCAGUCAAAAGGAACAUUCUACAACAGUUAAAAUUGAAAGCGCCCCCAAACAUCACGGUUCCAAAGAUUUCUCUCGACUCCCCCCCAAUUCGUAGAAUACUAAAACAGAAAAGGAGACUGGACGAAUUGGAAUUAGAAAUUGAAGACGAAGAAUACGAAGAAGACGAAACAAAACGAGAAAAAGUCAUCAGUUAUGCAAGAGCCCCAGUGGACCCAGAACAAACCGGAAGUUACUUCAGAUUUACGGAAGAUGACUUACGUCAUACGGUGACGUCAGCAGUAAUAUGGAUUUAUAUCAAAGCAAAUCCAACACAACGGACUAACAUUACCCUAGACUUCUACCACUACAGAAAAAACACGAGACAGCCCGACUCUCCGCAUAUUGCAGUCAAGUUCGACCGGAAAGUAAUACCUAUUAAAAAGAAAGCAGAAUGGAAAUCGUUUUCAAUAUCAAAUGAAGUCAGUCGGUGGUUCACAAAUCCGGAGUCGAAUCUUGGUAUCGAUAUCCGGUGUCCAGAGAUACCUGGAAUCGUCAUGUCACAACCGAAACAAGGACAUGAGGAUAAGAAACCGAUGCUCGAGGUCGAUCUAACAAGCAAUUUGAACAGCAGACGAAAAAAGCGAGAUGCUGGAGCCUUGAUUUGUAAUGAAGAGUCACGAGAAGAACGAUGUUGUAAAUACGAUUUUGAAAUAGACUUCAGUGCAAUGGGAUGGGAUUGGAUAAUUAAUCCUAACAUAUAUCGAUCAUACCACUGCGCGGGAGAAUGCCCAGUGCUAUUUUUACAAACCAAUCAACACAAAGUGCUCGCGAUGCACUCGGGGCAAAAUCAACCUAAAGCAGCUUCGCCGUGUUGUGCUCCCACAAAAAUGGCCCCUAUGAGUAUGCUCUAUUUUGACAAUGAAGAAAAUAUAAUAUAUAGCGACGUGCCGGACAUGAUUGUAAAAAGGUGCGGGUGUAUGUAACAGAAACACUUGGUAAACGUUACAAUUGAAACGUUGCAGCCGAGUACAAAAGGCAGCAAAAUGCCGCGACACGCUCCAAGGAAUCCGCAGAUGUCGCGCGCUUUGAAUGCUGCAAUUGCUCCCAACGCCCCACUUCCAACACUGUAAGCGUGCAGAAUGCCGCCUGAUGAAUCUAGGAGAAGUUUCUGGAAUGGUAUUAUUGAAAAUCUAAGUUUCUAUUAUUUGGAAUAAAGCAUAAUUUCCAGAUAAAUGUUGAAAUGGCAUCGCUGUUAAUGCAGAUAAGAGCAAAACUGCACAAUAUUGCCACAAAAAUUAUCAAACUAACGUGACGAUCAUUUGGUUAGGUGGGCAUUUGCACGAAAAAUGCAAGGUGAAACGUCAAAUUAUGUAGUAAUAUUGUAUGUGUUUGUUCUUAAAAACCUUGGAUAAAUAUUAAAAAAUGGUAAAAUGGUUCGAAAGUAGAUGAAUGAGGUCUAAACAGUGUCAAAGCCCUGUUAAAUACCAAGCAUAGUCAUUGGACCAUUUUGUCAACAAGUUAUUUUCAAUUUUUGGUGAAAACAAUGCUUUAUUGUGCUGUAAGUUGCUUUGAACAACACUUAUGCUCACUGUUUCAAUUUAUUAUUUUUUGCUGACGCAACUGAGGGUUUUAUUUGUUUAUUAUUUAGGGAGAGUCAUGCCAAAAAUUCAAUUUAUAGGCACCCACAACAAAAGUCGUGGCUACUGUAGAAUUUGUGAAAGAGUCACCUGUUUGGGCUAUUGUUUAUUUAAGUUUGUUUGUUUAUUUUAUUUAGAGCGACAACGAAAACCCCUCUAAAAUGUAGGUCUAAAUUUUAAUUAAAUCUGCGCCGAAAACUAUGCCAAACUCGAGGAAGCAGUGAGGGUCAUACGAGACAUCAGGUCGCCACACGUCAAGGACCCAUUGCAUUCAUAAGUACGUUCCGGAAAAACGAAGAAUCGUGCUUGCGCCUGACAAGCAUGAGCGACCAUUCGCAAUACUGGAACGUUACUCGACGUUUUUGGGUGGAUAUCGUUUGAAUUUAAUUCAUGCUUCUACAUAGAUUUAGGUUUGGGCGUACCUUUAAUUCACGUUCAGCCGUUUUCAUCCCAAAUGAUUUUUACAAGCGAAAAUCAAUUUUUCGUUGAACAAAACUCGUCAAGUAUUAAUCAUAGGCGGCACAAUCACAAGAAACAUAUAUGUGCAACUUUUGAUAGAAUAAAAUCGGUUUUCAGUGGCGGGUCUGACUAAAUAUUACAUCCAAACCGACCAAGGCGCCACCCAACUUUAUCUCGAUUUUGCUAAGAUAUUUGACUGGGAAAAAACUCUGAUAUCAUAUUUCAACUCCUUAACGAUUGCGAAAUUGUAAGUCUUGCAACGUUGCAAAAACCGCCGCAGUGCAGAACGUUGUUUUGACACAAACCGCAUAAUUUGUGUUGCAAUAAAUAACCGCUUAGCAGUAAAAAAAAACAAUUUUACUGUCCCGCAUAAUUUUAUCAAACUAAUUAUUUUGAAGUACCCCGUUCGUCACCAUAUUGUGUAGAUAUUAUUCAGCGUUAUAAAGAAUUAUUUUUCUUUUUAAUAUUUUGGUGAUAUGCUUUCAUAGAGCAAGUGGCUUUUCUCUGUUUUGUUUACAAUCUGAUGCACUUUUAUUUUUCCUGAGCUGGGUUGCUAUGAAUUUACGAUUGCAAAUAGAUAUUCGGAUAAUGAAAUUCAGUUAUAUUGCUAUCACCAAAUCAUAAGACUCUCCCCAAUGAGUGGAGGUUUUCGGCCUACAUUGUUUUCGACAAAUUUAUCCAAAUGUUAGCAUUGCAGACCAACCCAAAAACUUUACAUUUUUGAUUUGGGUAAACGUUUAGUUUGAAAUUUUUACCUAUGUCGAUCGAUUACAAUAAAAUAAUUAUGUCAGAAGGCAUAUUACAAGUAAAAAUAUAUUUAUUUUCAAUAAGUUUUACAUUAUGUAGCUCUGUGAGAAUUGCUAGAGCUUGUUAAAACUUCCAAGCUUGGUGAAUUAUAUAAGCGUUUUUUUCUUUUUAUUCACAACAACCCGGGAACGAAUAGUAAGAUAUGAAAACAUGUGAAAUCAUCCUUGUUUAAUACAUAAAAAAUUACACUACUUGUGAAGUGUAAAAAUCAUUUAACAGCAGGUAAAAUGGAAUAAAUAAAAAACUUCACCAUUCUGCCUUUAUCAAUUAAACAAUUAAAACCUAUACAAAACAUAGUUUCUCACUUAGUAUGAUCUGUAUUAAAAACUUAGUAACACUUUCAAAAUCGUAUUUCUUGCUUUCCAAGAUAUCAAAAACGUUAUGUUUAGUUUUACACAAUAUGUUUUAUUCAGAGCAAGUUCGGCCCACUAUUUACAUCUCAAAAUGACCGAUCAUUUCGUUGAAUGUUCAUAAGAAUUGAUACUCGAUCAAUAUUUGCCAACGAGAAUGUCACAGAUUAGCAAACAAAGAUUAGGAAAAGCAAAUUUACCUAAGAAAUGAUCGGUAAAAUGAUUAAAUUUAAGUAAUCGAUUUCAGCCUUGAUAGAACUGCACAAAAAUAUUCAAAUAUUUAUAUAUAUUUCUGAGUGUACAAGAUUUAACAGAGAAAAUUUAUUCAAAAAGUUUUGCAACUAAUAUGUUAUUUUUUUUUUUAUGGUAAUGAAAUUUUGCUAAUAUUUAAUAAAUUUUCUUUUUUUAUUGUUUUCGCUUAUUUGCAAUUUCUUUACUUUUAAGUUCAAUAAAUAACUACUCCAAUAAGAGUGGUGGCCGAUACACUACAGUA